UUUCUCACGUUAUUGUCGGAAAAUUUAUUAUUGGUUAGAGACGGAGUGACUAAACCGAUUACGCGUCGAGAAGAAAAUGAUUACGUUUUCAAAAUUUGUACACACAUAACGGUUAGAUGUUUAGAUG